AUGAAGGAAGAAAUCGAGAACCUUCAGGAAGAAAUAAUCGAGGAAGUACUGUACAUAUUGCCAAUAAAAUCCUUGUUGAGAUUCAAGUGCGUUUCGAAACGGUGGCGUUCUUUGAUCUCCAGCAAACGUUUUGCGAAAGAGCAUCUAAAGAAGAAAUCAUCGACGAGUACGAAUGAUUCCGAUUUCAGCCGCCGUACCCUGUACAGCUUUUAUCGUUGGCACAACUAUUGCGGUUCAGACUCCGUCGGGUCUAUAUUUCACCUCGGUCAAUGUAAUCUUCCAUCUGAAACCACCACCACCGAAACGUCGUCGUCGUUUAAUCUUCAGUCUUUAACCGCCGCAACGUUAUCCAUAGAUUCGAUUUCCAUAGUAUUAUAUGGUUCAUGUAAUGGGCUAAUACUCUUCUCCAUGCUACAUUUGGUUAAUAGUUUGCUUAUAUGGAAUCCUGCAACUAGACAAGCUAAGAAACUUCCACCUCCGUAUUUGCUUUCCCAAGGUAUGUGGCCUAGUUGCUUCUUUCACGGAAUCGGGUACGAUGAGUCUACCGACGACUACAAGGUUGUCAACAUCUCCAAAGAUUUUAGUCCCUACCACUACCAAACACAUAUAUAG